CCAAAGCAAGAUAAAGUUAUGUCGAGCAAGCCACAUAAUCGCAGCUCAUUUUCUUGUUCUUCGUCCAACAGUAAAUCCCAGCAAAGUUGUAGCUAUUGCAAUGCAGGAGACCAUAUCCUAGCGAACUGUGGUCCGUUUGGUCGCCUUUCGGUAAUGCAAAGGUUUGACUUUGUAAAAUCUGCUUCCUUAUGCAUCAAUUGUAUGCGAAAGGGUCACACUGUUUCAAAAUGCAAAUUUAAUAAAUGUCGAGUUUGUGGCCGCUCGCAUCACGUUUUACUGCAUAGAUAUACAGUGUCCGAAAAUAGUUUAGCGUUGCCACCACCCCAAGAGAUUCUUUCUCCCUCUUUAAAUCAAGAUCAGCCUUCCACGUCACAUGUUAUGCAUGCGACAUCAUUGGACAGAGUGAUUUUAGCCACGUCGAUCGUUCGUUGGGCGCCGAGGAUGUCCCCAAGUCGUCCAUUGCGACAACGGGACGAACUUCGUCGGAGCGAGUCGCCACUUCCGGGCCCUUCGAGAGAGGAUAGAGGACGAAGCCGACGCGAUACGCGAAUUCGCAUCAAGAAGCGGAUGCGAAUUUGUCUUCACACCACCGCGGGCUCCGCACAUGGGCGGACUAUGGGAGGCAGGUGUCAAAACUGCCAAGAACCUACUCCUACGGGCGGUGGGCAGCGCGCUCCUAAGCGCAGAAGAGCUGGGGACAGUCCUCGUGGGAAUCGAGGCGGUGAUGAACUCCCGGCCGCUCGGAGCAAUCAGCAGCGACCCAAGCGACGGAGAGGCGCUGACACCCGGGCACCUACUGACGGGCGGGCCGCUACUCGCCACACCAGCACUCCGGACCCCGGACCAGGAGGGUCUCAACUGCUUGCGGCGAUGGCGGCUUGUCUCGUCAGUCAGGCAAAUGUUCUGGCGGCGAUGGUCCCGGGAAUAUGUCCUGGGCCUCCAAAUACGGGGGAAGUGGCACCAGCAGCAGCCCAACAUCAGCGAGGGAGAUCUCGUCCUCGUGGCCGAGGACAACCUGCCGCCCCAACAAUGGCUCCUCGGCAGAAUAGUCGCCAGGCACGCAGGGGAGGACGGCAUGGUCAGGGUCGUCGACGUGCGAACUAGUGGAGGAGGCCUUUUUCGGCGGGCCAUUCAUAAGUUGGCGCCGCUUCCAUUGUGUUGAAGCCCGAUGGGUGUUCAACGGGGCCGGUGUUCGCGCAAAUUUGAAUUUUUAAUGAAAUUGU